AUGUCAUUAGAGGAAACUUUUGGUAAGUUGGCUAUUGAUGGAGGUGAUGGAGCCAUCGCAGUGAAGAGUUUGGUGUUCAAGCCAAAGACUCCUAAGGGUCAGACUCCAGUUCCAGUUGUUGUUGUUGCAUUGCAAACUACUGGUACACCAUCUGGAGUGAUUGCUAGUGUUAGUGGUACAAAGGACCCACGUUUAGCCCGUGAUGAGUUGUUCCAGAGCCAUUUCAAGAUUGGGAAUGCGAAGGAAUUUCAUUUGGGCCAUUUGGCACAAGCUGAAGGUGAGUUCAAGUUGUUGUUGGAUGACAAGUUGGUUGCCCUAGAAGAUGAUGCUAUUUUACAGUUGAAUGAGGAGAAAUUUGUGUUGAAGGGUGGAUUAGUUAAGGAUUAUUUGAAGUCGUUUGAGCCAGUUGAAGUGGACUUUUCUCAAGUUAUUGAGGCCAAGCCUAAGGAAGCUGCUAAGCCAAAGUCUAAGAGCAAGGAGAAGGACGCUUCUGCUGCUGCUCUAGAGGAUGCCAAAUUGAUUGGUAUUACUGUUGACAAGGCUUUGGACUUUUCUGGAUGGUACCAACAGAUCUUGACCAAGGGUGAGAUGUUGGACUACUAUGAUGUUUCUGGUUGUUACAUCUUGAGACCAGCUUCUUAUGCUAUCUGGGAGCAAAUCCAAAGAUGGUUUGACGAUAAGAUCAAGGGUCUUGGUGUGCAAAACGCUUACUUCCCUAUGUUUGUUUCUUCCCGUGUGUUGGAAAAGGAAAAGGACCACAUUGAAGGUUUCGCUCCAGAAGUCGCUUGGGUCACGAAGGCUGGUUCCUCGGAGUUGGACGAGCCAAUUGCUAUCAGACCAACUUCUGAGACUGUUAUGUACCCAUACUAUGCCAAAUGGGUUCAAUCCUACAGAGACUUGCCAAUCAAGUUGAACCAAUGGAACUCUGUCGUGAGAUGGGAAUUCAAGCAUCCUCAACCUUUCUUGAGAACUAGAGAAUUCUUGUGGCAAGAAGGUCACACUGCCCACUUGACUAAGGAAGAAGCUGAAGAAGAAGUCAUGCAAAUCUUGGACUUCUACGCCGGUGUGUACGAAGAAUUGCUUGCCGUUCCUGUCGUUAAGGGUAGAAAGACCGAAAAGGAAAAGUUCGCCGGUGGUGACUUCACCACUACCUGUGAGGGUUACAUUCCACAAACUGGUCGUGGUAUCCAAGGUGCUACUUCCCAUCAUCUAGGUCAAAACUUCUCCAAGAUGUUCAACAUUAGUGUCGAAAACCCAUUGGGUUCUGAACAUCCAAAGAUUUACGCUUACCAAAACUCCUGGGGUCUAUCUACCAGAGUCAUCGGUGUCAUGGUCAUGAUCCACUCCGAUAACAAGGGUCUAGUUAUUCCACCAAGAGUCUCCCAAUUCCAAUCUGUUAUUGUUCCAGUUGGUAUUACUGCUAAGACCUCUGACGAACAGAGAGCCAAGAUCCACGAAAGUGCUAAGGAUGUCGAAUCUAGAUUGAGAAAGGCCGGUGUCAGAGUGUUUGGUGAUUACAACGACAACUACACCCCUGGUUGGAAGUUCGCCCAAUACGAAUUGAAGGGUAUUCCAUUGCGUAUUGAAAUGGGUCCUAAGGAUUUGGAAAAGCAACAAGUUACAUGUGUUAGAAGAAACGACGGUAAGAAGGUUGUCGUUUCCUUGGAUGAACUAGAAAAGAGAAUUCCAGAAGUAUUGGAAGAAUUACAACAAGAUUUGUUCAACAGAGCUAAGGAAUUAUUCGAUAGCCACAGAGUUAUCGUUGAUGAAUGGAAGGGCUUUGUUCCAGCUUUGAACAAAAAGAACGUCAUCUUGGCUCCAUGGUGUGGUGUUGAAGAGUGUGAAGAGGACAUUAAGGCCUCUUCUGCUAAGAAGGAUGAUGGUGAAGAGUUCGAAGUUGAUGACAAGUCCCCAUCUAUGGGUGCUAAGUCUCUAUGUAUUCCAUUCCAACAACCACCUCUAAAGAGUGGUCAAAAGUGUGUUAAGUGUGAUCGUGAAGCUAAGCAAUACUGUAUGUUUGGCCGUUCUUACUAG